AUGGCAACCAUCGAUGCCCAGGACCUCCAAAGGAUGAUUAGUCGCUUUCGAGUUCUGAUUGUAGGGAGAGCAAACGCAGGCAAAACGACCAUUCUUCAGAAGGUCUGCAACACCAUGGACGACCCAGAAAUACACAAUUCCGAAGGAAAGAAGAUUGAUGCUGCCAUCGUGAAAUCCUCGAUCAAGCGCGGAAAUCACGACAUCACGAACGAAAUGGUAUUCAAGAGCAAUCCCGGUUUCGUCUUUCAUGACUCGUGCGGUUUCGAAGCGGGCUCUGAAGAAGAAUUUGAGAACAUGAAAAGAUUUGUCUUGCAACGUGCACACACAACGAAAUUAGAGGAGCGAAUCCAUGCUAUCUGGUAUUGUAUUCCAACGGACGACCCAAGUCAAACAUUCCAACGGUCGGAAGAGAAGUUCUUCUUGGAGUGCGACACUAGGCAUGUUUCCGUGGUCGCGGUUUUCACCAAGUUCGAAGCUCUGCGUCCGUUUGCGUAUGGAGACAUCAAGAAGCAAAUAUACGAGGGGUAUCAGGAGAAGAAUGCUCAAAGAGGAUUGCCCAGCGCGUUGAAGAACUGCUCACAAACACGUGUUUUGAAAGAGUUGUACAAGCCCGAAAAUUGUGCCCGUCCUAAGUAUCAUGUAUGCUUGCAGAAUAUAAACCAACAGCCUAUUACAGACUGUAACAAUCUACUGGAAUGUAGAUGAUGCUCGAGCCAAGUUUCCUGUUUUUCGAUGUGUUUUCCCCAUACUUAUGCGCUCGCAUUGUGCACGAUACCAAGCACCCCAACUUCAACUCCUGAGUGGUGCAGACUGUGAU